CUGCCUCCUCCGCUGAGAUGCACUCGUGCGCUGGCGGCCAGUGCAGCGCGCCUAAAACAAAUUUUUGGGGCCGUACCGGUGUCACGGUCACGUCGCCCUCAGGUAAUGGGGAGAGUGUAGGGGACGGUGAUGCAGGGCAAGAGGUAAGGGAAGGAGGAGGACGAAGGAGGGGUGGGGGAGGGGCGAAUUGUACGAUGCCGCGCAGGGCGCAGACAAAGGAAAACCAUCAGCAGCAUACAGGCGGGCGCAGGAGUGGAAGCUUUCACCCUCCGGGAUGCACUCGUCGCACCCAAAACGAUACGGAGUCAAAAACUGCUGCCGCUCGCCUCUUCAGCUACUGCCGGGGCACUCGUUGGCAACCGUUCCGCUCUCGUGCAGCGACCCGGAUGAGAAGGGAAGAGGAGGAGGAGGAGGAGGAGGAGGAGGAGGAGGAGGAGGAGGAGGAGAAG